GCACACUAUACUAUAACUGCGUGCAUGCCAGCCUACGAGUGGGCGGUUUAAUGUAUUUAUGUGUUUGGGGGAGCAGGGUGGUGGUCCCUUUACGAGCUAAAGCCCGCAUGCGCUUUGCUCACACUGCAGAGUGAAACGGUUAGGCUAACCUCCAGGCAAACACAUGCAGCAACGGCAGUAGCAGCACCGCCACACGCAUCUACUCGAUCUGCCCCUCCGCUGCCCACUGGCACCAUGAAGAGUACAUCGACCUAGCAGGGCUUGCUUUGAGCCGUUUCAUUUUUCAUCAGCUUCGACCGCAGCAGAUGUUAAAUUCAGUGGGAAUACGUUUACUGCUGUUCUGAUUCAAGAUCAUGAAGAUGAACAUUUACCUUUUCAAUCUGACGAUGUAAAAGGAAGCUGUGAACCUUAGAGAGCUGUUAUAAAAGAUGCCUUUAGUAAAGAGGAACAUUGAGCCUCGUCACCUGUGCCGGGGAGCAUUACCCAAUGGAGUGACCAGUGAGUUAGAAUGUGUAACGAACAGCACACUCGCUGCCAUCAUCAAACAACUUGGCAGCCUUAGCAGACAUGCAGAAGAUGUGUUUGGUGAACUCUUUAAUGAAGCAAAUUGCUUCUAUAUGCGAAUGAAUUCACUGCAGGAGAGGGUGGAUCUACUUGCUAUCAAAGUCACUCAGCUCGACUCAACAGUGGAGGAAGUAUCACUUCAAGACAUCAACAUGAGAAAGGCUUUUAAGAGUUCGACAGUCCAGAACCAACAAGUGGUGUCACGCAACUCAAUUUCCAACCCGGUGAUGGAGAUUUACCACCGGUGUGAUAAGCCACCUCCUCUAAAUAUCCUCUCUCCGUACAGGGAUGACAAGAAAGAUGGUCUCAAAUUUUAUACAGAUCCUUCUUAUUUCUUUAAUUUAUGGAAAGAAAAAAUGCUACAAGCCACAGAGGACAAGAGAAAGGAAAAACGCAGGCAGAAGGAGCUGAGGUUGGUGGAGGAUAACACACGGGAGGUUAAGAAAGUGCGAAAGGCCAGAAACCGACGUCAUGAGUGGAACAUGAUGGCCUAUGAUAAAGAAUUCCGCCCGGAUAAUAGGUUUUCUACAUCUCCAUACCAUGGUGCAUCUUCAGAGGGGUCACUAUCUCCAGACACCAGGUCAUAUGUGUCUGAUGCUGGAGAACAGUCAUAUCCCGCCAGCCCCAGUCACCUUGCACAACAUGCAGCUGCCCUGGCAGCACUGUUACCAAUAGAGGGAAAAGAAAUCAUGGCUUUAGCUAACCAAAUGCAGGAACGUGGCUACAGAGCAUCGGCACCAGGAAGCCGUCAGAAUUCUCUUACCAGGGUACAGCAGCAACAUGUACCUCAACUGUCAGACAACAUGCUUAACGGCCCGAGACCACAGAUGAUCAAGGACUACAGUGCUCAACAGAUGAUCGAGUAUUUUGUGCCUCCUCCCCCACCACCACCACCUCCACUGAUUCCUUCUGCUCAGACUGCAUUUGACAGCCCUGCUUCAGUGCCUCCUUCUUUGGCACCCAGCACAGUUACAGCUGUCACCCGCACAUAUACACCUUCUCCCCCUCUGCCUGCUCCUCCAUGCACAUAUUCCCCACCACCUCUUGCUCCUGCAGGGCCUCCUGUUGCCCCCCCACCUCCACCUCCUGGUCCUCCUGCACUCACCACCUCCCCAGCUCAUACAAUCUCUCCACCUUCUAUCAACGAACCCAGAAAACCACAGAUACCCUUGAUGCCAAUGAGUGAUGCAAGAAGUGAUCUACUUGCUGCAAUUCGCCGUGGCAUUCAGCUCAGGAAGGUCCAGGAACAGCGAGAACAAGAGGCUAAAAAGGAACCUGUGGGCAAUGAUGUGGCCACUAUCUUGUCCCGAAGAAUUGCAGUGGAGUAUAGCGAAUCAGAUGAUGACUCAGAACUGGAUGAGAAUGAAUGGUCUGAUUGAGUGCAACGGAGCAUUGCAUUUGCAUAUUAUUGCUUGUACUUAAUCUUUUGUCUGCCAUGAGCAUGCACAGUCAAGCUCCUUUAAUAUGUCUGCACAUACGCACACUCAUGCAUACAUCCAUGUCCCAGGCAGCUGCGACAGCAUUAGGUCACUUACUCACACAAAACAGUCCAUUCUUACAGGCUGUGCGCUGUGUUUAGAAAUUAAACUGAAGGCGCAGCAUUCUUUGUUGAUUUACAUGAUGCAUUUUUGUUGUUUAUAAAUAUCUAUGCAGUAUAUAGCAGGUUGUACUUUUACGCCAUUUUUAGUGAUAAGUGAUAGAUUCUCAGGUGCCCAGGAGAGAGGCAGUGAUAACCCAUAGAGGGCAUAUCUGUGCAUCCUUGUCAUGGAGAAGCACAUUGUUUUACUGCUGCCCUAAGUGACACCAGAGCAUCUGGCUUCCGGGAAACUUUUACCUCACUCAGGAAGGUGACGAGAUGUGUGUAAGAACAGAGGGAGUGGAACUACUGGAUUAAUUCAUUUGCACAUGAGCCCUCCAGUCCGAUCAAUGACAGUUAGUGUCAUCAUAGAUUAGUAAAUCUGCUGGGAUACUGCCUCCCCCAUACUAAGCAAAGCAACAGAACACAAUAGUAUUUCCUAGGAGAGUGAUUUGCUUGGGGGACUAUAUCUAACAUUUAUUAAUAAAACACAGAUACUAAAUGGGGGUCUACGUUUGUUCCUUUACAAGUUUUUGCUUAUGUUGUGCAGUUUUGUUUCGCUGCUUUUCUUUCUUGCCAGAAGCCCUGCUUUAUUUGAAAAUGGAUCUGUCUGUUGCAAGUAACUGGCUAAACACGGAUGUCGCUGAGAAUGUAGUGCUACUCUGAUGACAUAUUCUCUUUACAGGUCAUUUUUAAUGUAACCAAUAAAAUAAAAUAAAAUGUAAUCCAGAUAAAUA